CUGCAGUGGUGUUUCCUGCACGGUUCCUGACUCUGGACUUGUAUAAGUCCUGAAUGGAGGGCAGGUUGUCACCGAUGAUCUUUUCUGACUGUCCGCUGUAGUCAGUUUCUGUCCAAACCAGACAGUGAUAGAUGUGCAGAGAACAGACUGGCUUAUUGCAGAGUAGAACUGGAUCAGCAGCUCCUGAGUGCACCCGGUGAGUGCAUCUUUUACAGCUGUGAAUAUGUACGGAGCUCCAGUGGAUUUAUCUUUUAAACACAUCAGCAGUUUGGCAGACACAUGGACAGAGGAACCCAGCAGCGGUCUGCGGCCUUCAAAGAGAAAUUCAGAGAUGAAGUACCUAAGCCGCUCCCUGCGUCUCAAUAACAACAGCAUCACUGACCUUCAUGACCUCCAGAAGACUGUUUGCCACUUCCUGGCUGAGCCAUCACAGCUUGCCUGGCUGGACCUUUCCUUCAACAAAAUCUCACACAUAGAUCAAGUUUUGAGCGAGCUGCGUGAACUGCGUGUGUUGUAUCUUCACGGCAACAGCAUUUUUAUUCUGUCAGAGGUGGACAGGCUGGGAGCGCUACCACAUCUACACACCAUCACUCUACAUGGAAAUGUCAUAGAAACUAACAAGGCUUACAGGAAUCGUGUGAUUUCUGCUUUGCCUCGGUUAAAGACGAUGGACUUCAGUGCUGUGACACGCCAGGAGCGAGUCAUGGCAAAGAUUUGGCAUAACCGCAGCAGAAGCAGCAAGGAGACUCUCCAGUGACUGCUGGUUCAUCUCCAUCGGGGAAGAUUCACCCAAAUGUUCUGUGCUCCACAUCCACUGCUGGAAAGCCUCUAAAAUAUUGAAUAAAUUGUGUUUGUGGUGAAA